GACUGUAGGAUUGACCAUGAGUAACGUAUAUAUCUGUAUAGCUUUCCCUGAAGACUCUCAGAGAGCUUCUCCCCACCCUGCCUCCGGACACAGCCAUGGCUCUGAGAGCAGUCACCCUGCUGGGUCUCUCCCUGCUCCACCUCUGCUGCCCUCACCCCCUCAGCCGCCCAGACAGCGGCCUCAACAAGUGCCACUCUGCCGCCCAGCCACUCCCGGCCCUGGAGGUGCUGCCUGGAGGGGGCUGGGACAACCUGAGGAACGUGGACAUGGGCCGGGUCAUGAACCUCAGCUUCUCCCUGUGCCUCACCACGGAGGACGGCCUCUACCUCAUCCCAGACGAGGUCUUCGUCAUCCCCCAGAAGGUGACAGGAGUUGAAACCAACUCUGAGAUCAUCAGUUCCUGGCUGGAUCAGACAAGCUCUACAUCUUCGUCCAUCAACGCAGACAUCUCUUAUGUCAAAGUCUUAAACGCAAAGUUUUCCAUUGAGAACCAGAGGAUGAAGACCCACCAAGUCAGAGAUACCUCCGUCACCACCAGAGUUCAGGUACGCAACUUCCUCUACACCGUCAAGGCGAAUCCUGACUUCACCUUGGACUCCCGUUUCGCACGGCAAGCGGAGGAUAUUGCUGAUGCCAUCGAGAACAACCAGACUCGACAUGCCUCCUACCUCUCUGAGAGGAUGGUCCUGGACUUUGGCACCCAUGUGAUCACCAGUGUUGAUGCAGGGGCCUCCUUGGUGCAGGAGGACUACCUGCGAUCCUCUUAUGUGUCCGACGGUAAAACAGACAAGUCCUCCAUCACGGCAUCCGCAGGCAUCAACUUCUUCAACAAGGUGAAUUUUAACAUCGGCAGCAAAGACGCCCACGAGACGUCAGAGACCAAGGGUUACCGGGACAACGUCACCUACUCGAUCGUACAGAGCCACGGAGGAGUGCCCUUCUACCCUGGCAUCACCCUGCAGAAGUGGCAGGAGAGCACCUCAAACAACCUGGUGGCCAUCGACCGGUCAGGCCUGCCGCUUCACUACUUCAUAAACCACAACACCUUCCCUGACCUUCCACGCCCCACCGUCGGCAAACUGGCGCUGUCGGUGAGCCAGGCCAUAGGACGCUACUACACCAUCAACACCCGCCCAGGAUGUGUGAAAGCAGAUUCACAGAACUUCAACUUCCAGGCCAACGUAGAUGAUGGGUCCUGUGAUGGCCCAGCCACCAACCUCAGUUUUGGAGGUGUGUUCCAGCAGUGUACCAAGCUCACCCCCGAUGCAGACCCGAUAUGUCAGGCCUGGGACCAGAAGAACCCAGAUACAGGAGACUAUUCCUGCCACCCACCCUACCAACCCACCCUGCUACGCUCUGAGGUCAGAGACGAGCGCUACAGCCAGUAUGUCUGCCAUCGUUCCUGCCAUAGAUGUGGAUUCUUGUGGCUCAGCCAUUGCUGUGAUAACAACUGUGGAGAUGAGUACCAUGUCCGAUCGGCUCAAAUCCAAACCUACUGGUGCUCCUCCAAUGAGAAGAUCUCAGAUAACUCAGGUUAUCUCUUUGGGGGCCUCUACGGCCCCACUCUCCAGAAUCCUUUAACCAAAUCCAAGAGCUGCCCUCCAAACUUCAUCCCACUGAAGAUGUUUUCCGGCGGCCUGAUGAUCUGUGUGAGUAAUGACUACGAGACUGGCUCCCGGUUCUCCGUGCCCUUCGGCGGUCUGUUCAGCUGCCAGUCCACCAACCCCCUGGCUGGGGGCCAGCCUCGCUGCCCUCCCCAGUUCAGCCAGCACCUCGCUACCGUCAGUGACGGCUGUCAGAUCCUCUACUGUGUCCAGUCUGGUCUGUUCACAGGUGGGCAGCUGCUGCCAGUCCGUCUGCCACCCUUCACCCGUCCUCCGCUGGUCAGCAUGACGGCCACCAACACAGUGGCGGUGAUGACCGAGGGAGGCCGAGCCUGGGUCAGAGUUGCACAGACCAAGAUGUGGAAGAUGGUCAAACCAGAGGAGGUCCAGGAAAUGGUCAGGAUGAUCAACCCAGAGUCAGACCAGCUGUCAGGGGGACAGAAGUUUGGCGUGGCCUUCGGAGUGAUCGGUCUGGUUGUGCUGGUGGUUGUUGGGGUGGUGCUGGUUAGGAGGAGAAGGGGGGGGCUUCCAGGGCUAGUGAGGGCCAGGGGAUACGAGGAGAUCGACAGUGAUGGGCAGAGUGAGAGAGGAGAAGUUGAGGUACAAGCAGAACUUCCCUCUGACUCACACAGCACCUGUUCCUCUUAAACGGUUUCAGCUUGUACCAUUCCUUCCUUAUGCAAUAAUCUGAAUAGAAACAAAGUUGUUAAACAAACAUUUUUAAUCUUUAAUAAUAACGACUAUAAAUGCACUUUAUAAUAUUUACUGUAUCCUUUGCUUUUCUUUAGUAAACGCUCUAGGCCAUGAGGAUUUUUAAAAGCAUGUCUCAAAAUCUCAAUAAUUUGUGUAACUAACUGAAAUGUUAACUGAAAAUCUGAUGUUUCCACAUCAGAUUUUUGGACUUGAUAAUCUAUGUGACUGAUGAUUCUUUAUUGCAGACUAAAUAAAUGUGUCAAA